CACAACAUGUCCACCGAAAGAACUUUCAUUGCAGUCAAGCCAGAUGGUGUCCAGAGAGGUAUCUUCCCAGAGAUCCUGAGAAGAUUCCAAAACAAGGGUUUCAAGCUUGUCGGAAUCAAAUUGACCCUGGCCAACGAGUCUCUGCUGAGAGAGCACUACGCCGACUUGCAAUCCAAGCCAUUCUUCCCAUCCUUGCUGUCCUACAUGAUGUCUGGUCCAAUUCUGGCCACCGUUUGGGAGGGAAAGGACGUUGUCAAGCAAGGUAGAGCCCUGUUGGGUGCCACUAACCCAUUGCAAUCUGCUCCAGGUACCAUCAGAGGUGAUUUUGCUUUGGACAUGGGCAGAAACAUCAUCCACGGUUCCGACUCUGUUGAGAACGCCGAGAAGGAGAUCAAUCUGUGGUUCAAGAAGGAGGAGCUUGUUGACUACAAGCCAACCAUGUACGGGUGGAUCUACGAGUAAAAGCGAUAGUCAUGUUCAUAGAGUCGCCAGUAAACUUAGUUAGUCAUGCUGGAGUUUAGUGCCAGACCUGAUAAUCAAGUAAGGUGAAGCAAAAUAGAUUCUCUCGUGUUGAAAUUA